AUGUCCGGCUCUGCCCCCUUACUGCCCUCCCCGCCAAGCACUUCCACGAGGACCCUUUCGGCGGGAUGGCAUUUAGCUUCGGGAGCGAUCUCGGGUGCGGUGAGCGUGUUGGCAUUGCAGCCGCUCGACCGUAAGUCGUCCGUUUCGUUCGAUCGACCCCCACCUCGCUGCUCGUGAGCGCUUGCCAAUGAAGGACGCUCGCGUAGGCAAGUCCUUGCUGACUGGUGCGACCGUGUUGGCGGCUUCUUACAAACAGUCAUCAAGACCAGGGUGCAACAGGAAGCACAACAGCGCGGAGUGACGGCCGGGAAUCCGUCGUCGAUCGCAGGCUCAAACCCAAAGCACUCCGGCAUCGGACUACGCUCGGCCGGGACCACAGCCACUUCUACUGCGUCCACAUCCACACUACGAUCCUCAGUGACAACAAUACCCAAGUCUAGUUCAGCUUCCGCAGUCAAGGGAAAGUCUAUACCGAACGUCGCGUUGAUACCGUAUCGAGCCAAGAUCUGGACGACGGCGAGGAUGGUCGUCGCUCAGGAGGGCAUCGUCGGUUUGUGGCGGGGGACAGUACCUACAUUAUAUCGGUGAGCACAGAUACUUUCAAAACGAGACGCGCAAAUCUCAGGCUUAUUGAACCGAGUCAUUUUCUCUUGCAGCAACGUCCCUGGUGUCUCGCUCUACUUCCUCACCCUCUCUCGACUCCGGAACCUCAUCGGCUCAUUCCCCAUGUUUCGACCGAAACACUUGGCCGCUUCCCCACCGGGGAGUAAGAUCAAGUUGACCACCGCGGGCGACCUCCUGGUCGGUAGUACUGCACGGACAGGUGUAGGAUUCAUCUUGAUGCCUGCGACGUUGUUGAAGACUUUGUCCGAGGUCAGUUGUGUGGACGGGAGGCAGCAUUCGGCAUCCGACUGACCCCUUUCACUCACCCUUACAGUCAUCCAUCAUCGCCCAACCCAACCAACCUCGACCCAGCUCCCUCCAAAUCCUCUCCAAACUCUACCGAACAGGCGGCCUAGCUUCCCUCUGGCGAGGCGCCGUCCCGACCGCGCUACGCGACGCCCCCGGAGCAGGUCUCUUCAUCGUCUUCUACGAACGCGGUCGACGGCUUCUCGGCGUUCGAGCGGAAGGUGCCGCAGGCGGUGGAGUCGCCGGCGCUUCGGCUUCCCUCUUAUCGACCUUGUUGACGACCCCUUUCGACCUCUUGAAAACCCGACGCCAACUCUCCCCCGAAGUGUACACGACCUUAUGGGGCAGCGCGAAGAAGGUAUGGCAAUUGCAUGGCCUGAAAGGGUUUUGGCAAGGGGGUGCGUUGAGGGUGGUGAGGAAGGCGGGGAGUGCGGGUAUUGGGUGGGCGGUUUAUGAGGGAGUUGUUGGGUUCGGGGAGAAGAGGAGGAUGGAAGGGAUAAAGUUCGCGAGUGGGUAA